UCCAGCAGUCAUGACCAAAGACGACUCCGUGGAGCUCCCCUCGGAAGAGGAGCACCAGGCCCUGGAAUUCCAGAGCCCCGUCCUGGAAAGGAGGAAGAAGCCUAUCGUCCAUCCUUCUGCCCCGGCUCCUCUCCCAAAGGAUUAUGCUUUCACUUUUUUCGACCCAAACGACCCGGCAUGUCAAGAAAUUCUGUAUGACCCCAUCACCACGGUCCCAGAGCUCUUUGCAAUCAUCCGCCAAUGGGUCCCGCAGGUACAGCACAAGAUCGACAUCAUCGGCAAUGAGAUCCUGAAGCGCGGCUGCCACGUCAACGACAGGGAUGGCCUGACGGACAUGACUCUGCUUCAUUACGCCUGCAAGGCGGGAGCACACGGUGUGGGGGACCCCGCUGCCGCCGUGCGGCUCUCGGAGCAGCUGCUGGCCUUGGACGCGGACGUGACCCUGCGCAGCCGCUGGACCAACAUGAGUGCCCUGCAUUACGCGGCCUACUUCGACGUGCCCGAGCUCAUCCGCAUCCUGCUGAAGGCCUGCAAGCCGAAAGUUCUCAACUCCACGUGCAGCGAUUUCAACCACGGGACCGCCCUGCACAUCGCCGCCUCGAACCUGUGCCUGGGGGCCGUGAAGUGCCUGCUGGAGCACGGGGCGAACCCCGCGGUCAGGAACAGCAAGGGCCAGACCCCGGCGGACGUCGUGCCCGACCCGAUGGACAUGACCCUGGACAAGGCCGAGGCCGCCAUGGUGGCCAAGGAGCUGAAGCAGCUGCUGCUGGAUGCCGUGCCGCUGAGCUGCAACCUGCCCAAGGUCACGCUGCCCAACUACGACAACAUCCCGGGCAACCUCAUGCUCAUCGCCCUGGGCCUCAAGCUGGGGGACCGCGUCCUGGUGGACGGGCAGAAGGUGGGCACCUUGCGCUUCUGCGGCACCACGGAGUUCGCAAGCGGCCAGUGGGUGGGCGUGGAGCUGGACGAGCCCGACGGCAAGAACGACGGCAGCGUGGGAGGCAUCCGCUACUUCAUCUGCCCUCCGAAGCACGGACUGUUUGCCUCGGUGUCCAAGAUCACCAAAGCAGCCGACCAGACGCCGUCGUCGGUGACCUCCACCCCCCGGACCCCCCGCAUGGACUUCUCCCGCAUGACUGCAAAGGGCCGGAAGGACAAAGACAAGAAAGCCCUCAGGAAGAAAUCCUUGUCUGUCGGCAGCUUGGAUCGUGAGGGCCUGAAGAUUGAGAUCGGGGAUCAGGUUCUGGUGGCCGGGCAGAAGCAGGGCAUCAUCCGUUUUUACGGGAAGACAGACUUUGCUCCAGGCUACUGGUUCGGCAUCGAGCUCGACAAGCCCACGGGGAAGCACGACGGCUCCGUCUUUGGGGUCCGCUAUUUCACCUGCACCCCUAAACAUGGAGUCUUUGCCCCUCCUUCCAGAGUCCAGAGAAUCGGAGGCCCGAAGGAUUCCCAGGGAGACGGCACUUCAGCAAAGAAGGUCCAUCAAGUCACGAUUUCACAGCCAAAGCGCAGCUUCACAGCAGUCAGAACCCCGAAAGACAUCACAUCGGAAAGCUCCAUCUCUAGGUUACUUUUCUGCUGCUGGUUUCCGUGGAUGCUCCGUGCGGAAAUGCAGUCUUAAAGCUCCCCACCCCCGUCCUCUUUCUGCUGCUGUUUCUUCGCUUUCCGAGUAAUCAAGGACUGCUCUUCUGUUCUUUCCCUCCUCUCUCCUUCCCUGGUUGCCGUUCUAGUGAACCCCAGUGCCUUGGUCAAACAUAUAAACACCAUCCCUUCUGGUAGUUUGUGAGAAAUGCGAUGCGUAGACCUUCUGUUCCCCUUUUCCUGGCACACGUACCCACAGGACUUUGGCUAUCUAGGUCUCUUCUGGCACCUCUUCUUCUUCCUGGAUUAAUUGGCAACCAAAAUUCAUAUGAUUUAUCAACCCUGAGUUUUGCAAUCGGGCGACGGCUUGGAGACAGGUCCUCUGAUCAUUUCUCCUUGCAGGGUAUAGAAAAAUCUGCCUUUGGCAAAAUUUGUCACACAUGCAAAUCACACAUUGUUACCCGGGUGGGAGAAGCAUUGCUUGUGUCGGCACAGAGUGACAAGCCAGAAUUCUGGAGAACAGGUUCCGUUUACUCCUGGUUUUCCCAAACGAAGCUGGAUGUGGUCUGUUUACCUUGUCAUUUGAAUGCUGGCUUGUUGCUGCCAAAUGACCCAGGAAUUUAAAUUAAGACCAACGCCUGGGGUACAAUCUUGGCUUGUAAACAGAGCAACGAGCUAGGACGCAGGUUGCAGGUCGCAGGGCCUGGCACGAGCCAUGGAUAGGUCACUUCUUUUUGGUCAUGCGUACAUUUGGCAGUCAGAGGAAUUAUCCUGAGCAAAACAGCUCCUUAAUUUCUGAAGAAUGUUUCUGAGGCCCGGAGCCUAGAGCUCUUCUUUGUAAAAGAAGAUGGGGCAGGUGCUCCAUCACUUGAUUUAAAGUGAUCCCAGUUAACGGGAGCCGAGUGCACCAGCACCGCGCUUGCGCUCCAGAAAACGGCUUACCCCUCCGUGGAACUAGCCUAGGAUCUGUCCUCUGCCCUUUUCCCACGUUGCCCCCCUUUUAGCCGUCGCCUGCAAAAUGCUGCCUGAUAGAAGCUCCUCGAACCAGUCGGUGUGACCCUCCGUGUGCUUGCUCAGCAAGAAAGCCUCACUGAGCGCAGUGGGGCUCACGCGCAGGAAAGUGCAUGCAGAUUGCAAGCCUGCGCAGGAAGGGGCCCUCCUCACCUGCCCUCGCUUGUGAGUAAAAGGAGCGGGCCGAGACCAUCCUCCACUAGCGUCCUCUGGGCAGCAUUAUCUGUGUUCAUUAGUGCUUCCUAAUCUGGUGAUUAGAGGAAGAAGCUGGAGUACAGAUGCAAGAAGACACCUCGACCGAACGUAGUGUAUGUUAGCAGCUGUGCUUAGCUUAUGUGUGUGUAAGUUAACCUACGGGGAGGAGUAACUAACAGCCUUUGAUGGUGUGUAGUAUGUGUCUCUCUAUGUGUAUAUCAAACUUAUAUCUCCAGAAGUCACUUUCCUGAAGAAAAAUUGUGUGUGUGUGGAAAUAUAACUGAAUUUUAUCUCACUCCUGCAUUUAUCAGCUGCAACAUGUUAGAUCCUAAUUCAUCCUGAUAACAUUUCAAACACACACGACUUGCUCUGUGAUCCCCGUGUUGAGUCUCUUGACGACGAUACGUCACGAUGUGACGUCUCGACACAUCAGAAGAAGCACCUGCAGGCCGGAUGGAAAAGCAGCAGCCGGCCCUUCAUGCCAAGCGGCUGCACAGAGCCCAGGUUCCCGGCUUCUGAUUUCAGUGUGCAGCAGAUGCUCGGACUGGUGCAAAAGCGAACUGGAAGCGCAAGGACAAACGUCACAAGCGACAGUCGGUCAUCUUUCUGCAUCAGCACCUGGCUUUUGUCAGUGAAGCCCAAUUUCCAGCUAAUGAGAGCGGUAACAAGAGUUUGCACUUUUGCAGUUCCAGGAAAUGCAUCUUUCACACACCUUAAAAUAUCUUAAGACUUGGAUUCAGACCAGAUGGUAUCUGAAUUCAACAAGGGCACGCAUUUUUUUUUAUAUUUUAAAGGAAGAGGUGUGCCUCAUUUCAGGCUGAGCCAAGAUUCCAGGACUUUCUCCCAGCUUGGAAGAGAAGUGAAGAACAGACUUCCUACCCUAGUUCCGCCUGGCCCUUGCAAGUCGCUUGCCUGCCCACCGUGCUGCAUGCGCUUCGUUUCCUUCCCUACCACAACUAUAAACUCAGUUUGGAGGCUGGAAGAAGCAUCCUACACAUUGGCCAGAACGCCGCCGGGGAAGGAGGCUUGGAUUCGCACUCGAGGUGUUCUUCGUCUUCAGCCUUUGCAGUAUGUUCAGAAAUCCAGCAGGAUCAGCCUUUCUAGGAAGAGGCCAGGAGACUGCCACACCUGUUAAAUUUCUGUCUGUCAUACAGCUGCUGGAAGUCACAAAGCCUCCAUCAGGAAAAGCAAUGUCAGUGCAAGCAAGGAAGGGUGUUUGGCCCCGAACUCUUGACUGGCAUGUAGAGAGAAGAUGUUAGCAUUCUGGCAAAACCCCAAGUUGCAAACACGUGCAGGCUGUUUGGGAAAUGUGCAGAUAUAUUAAAUAGUUUCAGCAGUUCUAACCUGUUCCCUUGAAUCCGGUGCACCUCAUCUACACCCCCCGAUUCUCUUGGUUGCUGUGUCUUGGGGUGCCACGACGGCCCCCAGCCUGCUCCGAAAGUUCGCCAUCAGCGCAUCCCCACACAAUCGUACAGGCACUCAUUUCACCGCUCGCCUCCGUCGCUGUAUUAGCCUUUUAGGAACCCCCUGCAAUCUUUCAUUGAUCAGCAAUAACGAAACUCCUCCGUUGACUUCAGCUUCGCGUCAGAAGACUCCCCGGCAUGAAUCCCACCUUCUAAACCUGGGGCGCCUUUGCUCUCGAACCCCCGUUGGGAUGGCCGUGUCAUCUUGACGCACCAACCUCAGAAGCAGCCCUUUGCGGGAAUCUUUCCGCCAUGAUCUUUUCCUUUUUCUGUAGGAAUCACACUGGUUUGCGUUCUUCCUGCCUACAUGUCUAUUUUUUAACAAAGCAAAUAACUUUGUAAACUGUCGAGUGCGGCGGCUUGCCAUGCCUCCCCUGAGCUCUCUGUUGAAUCCUGCAUGGUUUCUGUCUCCCCCGAGCCCCAUCUGUCCAGGCUUGCUGGAAGAAACGAGAAAAAAACGUAGCAUGACAAAAAUAUCACUAUGCUAUUGCUUACCUGUUACUAACGAAUUAAUAAAAAGUGUUUCUUUGUG